GAGACGUCUAAGGGACUGUCCUGAACACAGCCUUGAGUAUAAAGGGUAGUGAAUCUCCACCAUUCGAUGAGUCCGCACAUUACGUGGCCUUGACCCGCUUGCGCACCCACUCUUUACAGCUUACAGCGUCAUGCUACGACGUAUCCCACGGCUCACAUCAAUUCUCAAGGUGGGUGAGACCUUCAGUUUUAAUCUGCAUUCCAGGGGAGGAUCCUCUUCGCCCCGUCACUGCACUGCAGCAGCGUCGUGAGUCUAGCGGUUGUGUGAAGACUGUUCCCUCUCCGGCUAUUGGAUAAUUUGAAUGUGCAUGUUGCGACGAUUGUGAUCAAAUUUAGCACAGCAUCCACUUCUCAUGAUCCGAGCCUUCAGAAAAUUUGUGUGAUUGAUAGUUUUGAAUCCUGAUCACACUUGACCUGCUCGUGGGGUGGUGUAUAGUUUUAGCGGCAUUGUAACCGGAUUCAUCAGCGACGACUUUUGGCUUAUUUUAGAUUGACAAGAUACUUGCUGUCAGCGCUGUGUUGUUGAGGAUAGUCUUCCAGAUUUCAACUCACUGAGUCUUGCAUGAUUGCGGAUUCGAAUUUCUGCUGAUCGGCGAGGGUCAGUUUCCCAUCGAACAGUAAACCAUGAGUGCGGGGAGGGAUGAUGUCAGUGUUCGAGAGCGUGGAAAGGGGGGUCCCUUGAUUGAUAUUAAGAUCCGGAACGCGCUCCCUGACUUCCUGCAGUCAGUGAAGCUGAAGUACGUGCUCCGCGGAUUGACUAACUUCUUCACGAUGCAUGCGCUCAUUUGCUUGCUGCUUGUACCGCUGCUCAUGCUGACCACGGCUGAAAUCAACCGGCUCGGACACGGGGAAACUUUACAAGUGUUGUGGGACCAGCUGCAAUACAACUUGUUCAGCGUGAUAGCAUGCUCCGGAUUGUUCGUGUUCGCCAUCACUCUGUACUUUCUGUGCAGCCCCCGCAGAGUGUACAUGGUGGACUUUGCAUGCUACCAUCCCCACGAGGAGAACGCAAUAAGCAAGCAGGAGCUGCUCGACUACGCCGCUUCGACUGGUUUGUACAACAUUGAGAGCAUUAACUUUCAGCGAAAAAUGCUGGAGCGGUCCGGUCUGGGAGAUUUCAGCUAUGUCUCAAGGGCGACGAUGACCCCGCCCUUGAACCGCUCCAUAAAAGUAGCUCGCCAUGAAGCCGCGACCAAUAUGUUCAGUUCACUCGACGAGCUGUUCUCGAAAACUGGUGUGAAUCCCAAGGACGUGAAAGUCCUCGUCGUAAAUUGCAGCUUGUUCAACCCCACGCCCUCGCUGUCCGCCAUGAUCGUGAACAGGUACAAAAUGCGCGGCGACAUCAAGAGCAUCAACAUCGGCGGCAUGGGUUGCAGCGCUGGACUGAUCGCCAUCGACCUUGCCAAAGAUCUCCUGCAAGUGCACCGAAAUUCAUACGCCAUUGUGUGCAGCCAGGAAAUCCUUGCGAGGUCGCCGUAUUUUGGCAAUGAACGGUCGAAGCUGGUGACCAAUUGCUUGUUCCGAAUGGGAGGCGCUGCUGUUUUGUUGUCGAAUAAGAGCAGCGAGCGUCGCCGUGCCAAGUACGAGCUCAUGCACACCGUGCGAACCCACAAGGGCGCCGACGACAGAUGCUACCAAUGCGUAAUCGAGGAAGAGGAUGACGAGGGCCACGUUGGGGUAACGCUCUCAAAGGACCUCAUGAGCGUCGCUGGCGAUGCCCUGAAGACGAACAUCACAACACUGGGUCCUCUGGUACUCCCCAUGACGGAGCAGAUACAGUUCCUCGUCAGCUUGAUGGCGAGAAAAGUGUUCAACAUGAACAACAAGCCCUACAUUCCAGAUUUCAAAACUGCAUUUGAGCAUUUUUGCAUCCAUGCUGGGGGGCGAGCUGUUCUGGACGAAAUCGAGCAAAACCUUAAGCUCACUCAAUGGCACAUGGAGCCUUCUCGAAUGACCCUGUACAGGUUUGGCAACACUUCUAGCAGCUCUUUAUGGUACGAGCUGGCUUACUCCGAGGCCAAGGGCAGAGUGCAGAGAGGCGACCGAGUGUGGCAGAUUGCCUUCGGCUCGGGAUUCAAAUGCAACAGCGCUGUGUGGAGGGCUAUGCGCACAAUUCAACCGCCGGCGCUAAACCCAUGGAAUGAUGUCAUAGAUAAGCUCCCUGUUAAAGUCACGCAGUGCACAUUGGUGCAGCCUCCCGUGCCAGCUAAACCUGCUGUGUCGGCUUCUUCGUGAAGGAAGCAGUUGUCACACAAACUGAAACUUGAAGCCCCAUUCAGCCCCUGUUCAUCAAGAGUGAGUGCGAGGUUUCCAGUCGUUAAGUGGAGAAAACUUUAAGUCACCUCAAAGAGAAGCUUAUGAGUAGUUAGAAUACUCGAUAUCACGUUGUUAUCAUGGUGGCUGUUGUUGAAAUGUAGGCCAUUGCUGUUGAAGUC